UUUCUUCAGAAAUAUCUGUUUAAUUUGGGAAGCCUAGGAAUGGGUUUUCUCAUAGGGAUAACUUUUCUGUACUGGCAUGUGCCAGUGCAGCAUAAAUUUGUCAGUGUGUUCUUGGAGCUCUAAUUUCGAGGUGCCUUUGUGUGUGCUUUGACACAGUUCAUGUUUUAUUUUCGUCCAGUUCCCAUGUUUAAAGAUGACUCCACAGCUUGAGCUUAAGAAUGUGAAGUACAGGUGGUUGGGAAAGCUAUUUCAAAGGAACAUUUAACACCUGAAAUGCUAAUUUAUGUUGUGUAGAUCUUUGGGGAUGCCUGGCUUAUGUGCUUGAGACACUGUGAGAGUAGUAAAUGCUUGUUCAGGGUUUGAAUCCUCAGCAUUUCUCAUAACAGAUUAAUUUGGGCCUCAGGAAAGUGAAGUUCUGUUAUUAUUAAAUUCAACCUGCUAUCAAAAUGGAAGCUCUCACAUGGAAAAGAGGAAUCUUGUUAUCAAGGCUGCAGAGUGUACAACUUUAAUGACUUUGAAGAUCCCUUGGUGGCAAGGGCUCUGUAUCUGAAAACUAAUCUGGUGAAAUACAAUCAUAUGGUUUGUCACUGCAGGAUUCUUCAAAUUUUCUGCUUCUAAAAAUGAUGGCAGUUACCAUGACACUUUCCUGAAAGUUUUCUAAAAUGUUACUCUGUUAAACAAAAUCUGACUACAAGAAAGAAAUAUCAUAUCUUAUGAAUGCUCUCAUCAUUAGAAGACUCUUUCUGAAUUGCUGUCUGUCCAGCUCUGGGGGUUGCUUGUUUCAUUUAUUUAAAACAACAGGAUCAAGAUGUGAAACUUAUGGAGAAGAUGCCUGAUAACAACAAGGGCAGCAUACAGUGCUGUUGAGGCCAUACUGCCUCAGCUCUCCCUUCGUGGGACGUCUUGUGCUCAGUUUUGGCACACUGGGGAGUUCUGGAGUUAAAAGGCUGCUCAGGCCUGGGCCAGUAAUUCAGAAGACAACCAGGAUUGGGAACUCUCUCUAUCCUGUGUUUUAGUCUCUGUCUCACCAGCAUCAAAAAUUCCUGUAGAGGCCACAAUACUUGGAAUGAGAAAAUUGCCAUCAUGAGUCAACAAGGUUAUGUUGCAGCUCCUCCAUAUUCCCAAUCCCAGCCAGGAAUGGGAGGUUUUGGACCACCCAAUUCUUCAAUUCAUUAUGGACAUUAUGGGGACCCUAACUCUUCGUACUCUGCACCUCAACCAGGCAUCUCGAAAUCAACUGUGCCUUUUGGAUCUGCAGCUCCUGUUGGGCCUCCACCCCCUGGUGCACAGCAAUUCAGCCAGACCAGUUUCCAGAAUGGGUCUGGUGCCCCAGGACAGCAGCCUCACAGGUUUCAAGGCCCUUCACCUCCAAGUAGCACAGGACCUUCCUAUCCUCCCUACAGUCAUCAGACCCAAGCAGCCUUCCCAAAUACUGCACCUGCUUCCUCUACAGCACAACUUGCUGACCAGCUCAACACCAUGCAGAUAAAUAGCUAUGGUCCUGGCACUGCUCUGAGCUCUGGCGUGUCUCCCGGGCAUCCGGCGGCUUUCCAGGGCCCGCGGCUGCUGCCCCCAGCCCAGCAGCAGAUGGGUUUGCCACCUGCACCACAGCUGCCUCCUCCACCAGCAAACAGUGUUAAUGGCCUUUGUGCUCAGCCAGCAUUGCCUCCUAUGGCCAGGCAGGGUGCAAUCCCUGGACCUGUCCCUCCAAAUCCUAACUUGCAGCACCUUCCGGGACAGCCUCCAGGGCCUGGAUAUCAUCCUCAGCAAGCAAACUAUGGUCCUCAGAUGGCAGCAUCUCAACUGUCCUAUCCUGGUGCUUUUCCUGGCAGUCCAGCACAGCUCUCAGGCCCACCACAGAAGAAGCUUGAUCCUGACUCUAUUCCAAGCCCAAUUCAAGUGAUUGAGAAUGACAAGGCUGCCAGGGGAGGGCAGGUCUAUGCCACAAACACAAGGGGACAGGUCCCUCCCCUCGUCACCACCAACUGCGUGAUCCAGGACCAAGGGCACGCCAGCCCGCGGUACAUCCGCUGUACCACCUACUGCUUCCCGCUGACCUCGGACAUGGCCAGGCAGGCCCGCAUCCCCCUGGCGGCCGUCAUCCAGCCCUUCGCUGCUGCCCCGCCGGGCGAGACUCCUCUUUAUCUCGUGAACCAUGGGGAGACCGGCCCCAUCCGCUGCAACCGCUGCAAAGCGUACAUGUGUCCCUUCAUGCAGUUCAUUGAAGGUGGCAGGAGGUACCAGUGUGGCUUUUGUAACUGUAUAAAUGAUGUCCCCCCAUUCUUCUUUCAACACCUGGACCACGUGGGCCGACGGAUAGACCACUAUGAGAGGCCUGAGCUGUCCCUGGGAUCUUAUGAAUACGUGGCUACUUUGGAUUAUUGCCGGGACAAGAAGCCUCCUAAACCACCAGCUUUUAUCUUCAUGAUUGAUGUAUCAUACAGAAACAUAAAGAGUGGCCUAGUGAAACUCAUAUGUGAUGAACUGAAGACUCUGCUAGAUAAACUUCCAAGAGAAGAGCAAGAAGAAUCCUCAGCAAUUCGAGUUGGUUUUGUCACUUACAACAAGGUCCUCCACUUCUUCAAUGUAAAGAGCAGCUUAGCUCAGCCUCAGAUGAUGGUGGUCACAGAUGUGGCAGAAGUUUUUGUUCCUUUGCUGGAUGGCUUCCUUGUUGACUUUGAGGAAUCCCGAUCAGUUGUUACCAACUUGUUGGACCAGAUUCCAGAGUUGUUUGCAGAUACUAACGAGAGUGAGACCAUCUUCGCUCCAGUUAUCCAGGCUGGCAUGGAGGCACUAAAGGCUGCAGGAUGUGCUGGGAAAUUGUUCAUCUUCCACUCUUCUCUGCCAACUGCGGAAGCACCAGGGAAGCUGAAAAACAGAGAUGACAAAAAACUGCUCAAUACAGAUAAGGAAAAGACCCUCUUCCAGCCACAGGGAAAUUAUGAAGCCUUAGCCAAGGAUUGUGUGGCCAAUGGCUGCUGUGUGAAUUUGUUCCUCUUUCCAAAUCAGUACAUGGAUGUAGCCUCCAUGGGCCUUGUCACAAUGUACACCGGUGGAACAUUGUUCAAGUACAACAAUUUCCAGCUCGAAACUGACAGCCCCCAGUUCUUAAGUGACCUCAGGAAGGACAUCCAAAAGAAGAUGGGAUUUGAUGCAACAAUGAGGGUUCGGACAAGUACAGGCUUCAGGGCUACAGACUUCUUUGGGGCCAUUUACAUGAACAACACCACGGAUGUGGAGAUGGCAGCAGUUGACUGUGACAAAGCAGUGACAGUGGAGUUCAAACAUGAUGACAAACUGAAUGAAGAUACUGGGGCCUUAAUUCAGUGUGCUGUCCUGUACACUUCGAUGAGCGGGCAGAGGCGAAUCCGCAUACACAACAUUGGUUUGAAUUGCAGCUCCCAGUUAGCUGAUGUCUACAGGACUUGUGAGACUGAUGCACUUAUCAACUUCUUUGCUAAGUCAGCUUUUAAAGCCAUUCUGAGCCAGCCCCUGAAGACAGUCAGGGACAUCCUGAUGAAUCAGACUGCUCACAUGCUGGCCUGCUACAAGAAGAACUGUGCCAGCCCAGCAGCUGUCAGCCAGCUGAUCCUGCCAGACACGAUGAAGGUGCUGCCUGUGUACAUGAACUGCCUGCUGAAGAGCUGUGUGCUGGCCAGCAGGCCCGAAAUCCCAACGGAUGAGAGGGCUUUCCACCGCCAGCUGGUCAUGCCCAUGGGGGUGGCUGACACCCAGCUCUUCUUCUACCCCCUGCUGCUGCCAAUUCACAGCCUGGAUCUGAAGAGUGACGCGGUGCCAGCCGCCGUCCGCUGCUCCGAGGAGCGCCUGUCCGAGGGAGGGGCCUUCCUGCUGGCCAACGGGCUGAGCAUGUUCCUGUGGCUGGGAGCCAGCGUGUCCCCAGAGCUCAUCCAGGGGCUGUUCAACGUGCCAUCCUUCGCACACAUCAGCUCCGAGACCACAUCCCUGCCUAACCUGGACAAUCCAUUUUCUAAGAAACUGAAGCAUAUCCUGGAGCAAAUCCAGAGCCAAAAGCCCCACACUAUGAAGCUGAUGAUAGUGAAGCAACGGGAGCAGCCAGAGAUGCUUUUCCGCCAGUUCCUAGUAGAAGACAAGAAUAUUUAUGGAGGAGCCUCAUAUGUGGAUUUCCUGGUGUGCAUUCACAAAGAGAUCAGCCAGCUGCUCAGUUAAGACAACUCAAGUAAAAUGUUCAGUUCCUUUUUGCCUUUGCAGGAGGGACAGUUUUUGGUGCCUGAAGGCUGGCCCACAGCUCCACCAGACCCAGGCCUUCUGCUGUGCUUUCCUGACCCUUUUCUGUGCUCUUUUUGUACAGUUUCAUUUGAGCCCACCUCCCCCUGAGUAUUUUGCUUACUUCUUAAGCUGUAGAAUAGGAAGUUCUGCACUCAGGUAUUAAUCUUCUGGGAGUUGUGACUCUCUACAUGAAUUGCCAGAUUUCAGACUACCAAUGCUUAAAAGCAUAUGUGGUAUACCUUUCUUUGAAUACAAUUUAGAAAACUCUCAGUUAUUCCUUUUGCUAGUCAUAAGUUGUACCAGAGCUGGGAAAGAUGAUCAGAACCUGUACAGAGCAUGGAAAAAGACAAAACACUUCUUUUUCUAAGUGAGAACAUGGAGUUUAAUCAGAUUGGAAAUAAACAUGUAGUUCAGUUUGAAGGAUUUCAAAGUCCUUCCUGUGAAGCAAAUCUCUGUAAAGUAAAUCCCUUUUUCCCUGGAAGGGACAAGUGUUACUAUAUACAGAAGUAGAGCUCCUGGGACCCUUCCACAGCCAGGGUUAUCCAGGAGACAGAAAUGCCUCAGUUUUGUAACUGGACUUGAGUAAGUAACAACAACAGGGAUCACAGGAAGAACAGUGAUCAGACAAUCCUUUUGCCACCUUUGGCAGAUGAUGUCGCACUAUUAUGGUACAAUUCUGUCCACUUGGGGGCAGCAAUUAGCUUAGCGUACUACUUAAUUACAUUUUCAAAAUUGCACAGUUUAGGCUUUAUUUAGUACUUUUGCUAACUGGAAUAUUCCCAACACAGCUCAGAAAAACCUGUCCCUCAAAAUUUCUGUGGCAGACCAGCUAUGAGACAGUUGACACAUUAACCAAAGGUUAUUUGUGGUGCUAUAAAGCCUCUUGUUUAAUACCAGUUCUAUUACAGUGACCUUCUCUCCCAUGACUGAUUUAAUCGAUGGUCACUGCUUUGAAAAACUAGCCUUUGCUAAUACCAAUAUUGAAGAUAGCAUUUGGAAAGCCAGAGCCUUUGGAAUGGCUGUUUACCUCAGAUACUUCAUCAGUCUCUGUCCCUUUGGGACCAAGGCCUCUGAACGUGAGGUUUGAACUUUGCCAAGCUUGAAAAGCUAUUAUUAAAUAAAAUAGUGUUUCAAAGAAAGCCAAAAAACACUCAAAAGUAAGGUUAAGCCUCAGUAAAGAAAAAAGUGCCUUUAAACAUGUUAGUGUUGCUACUUAUGUUAAUUAUUUAAUAUCCACAAUAAGCAGUGAAAAUGCAUAGUUUUUUGGUUCAACAGCUUAUGUAUACAGCCACUUGUCAAUUGUCAUUGACCAAGAGCUCUUGAAAUAAGUGGCUGUAUUACAAGAGAGUCCUCAGCCUGAAUUCAGCUGCCAAGACAAGCACUUUUUAGCUGUAGACAAUACCCUGUAAAAAGUAUUCGUUGCCAUUUCAUUUGUAAAAUGACACCAGCAACAUUUGUGUAAAGAAAUAAUCAAUUAUUAAAUAUAA